AUGGACGCCCAAUCUUUGCCCAACAAUUACAAACCUGUGAUCGCAACGGAGGCUUGUAGCCCUGAUUUUAUAUGCGGAAUUCACGAGGUUUCAAAGCGUAUCCGCCGGCUUAAUAAGACUGGCGACAACUUUAGUGUCUGGGAAAGACAUCUAAAAGCUAUGAUAUGCACUCUCACUGGAACAUCUGAAUACUUCCUACGCGAGUUACAUACACUCGAUCCAAAGUUCAAUCGAGCAAUCUUUCAUCUCAUAUUCUGGUCAAUUGACGAAGACCUUCAACAUGUCCUCAACAUUGAUGGGUCUGCUGGAGACGCCUUUCAAGCCUUGGCGGAUCGGUUCCGAUUAAAUACUUCAGCUCGAUGUAUAAUGAGUCGUGUCGAUUUUCCAGAAGAAAUUUUAGACAACAUUGUGAGCAUAGUUUACUACAAGUUUUCUGGAGAUAAAAACGACAUAAGACACCGAAAAGAGGAACGUAUAAAGCAACAAGAUCAGGGACGUCAAGUAUACGUGAAUCACGGUUGUCCGCCAAUUCUUAAUACCUUUCAAAACUUGGCGGUGGUCAAUCGAAAGUUUCAUAGGCUUUGUCUUCCUAAGUUGUGGCAGCACAUCCGAUUUCCGAGCGCCCUUCCUGCUCCUGUGUCACUUUGGACAGAGGACAUCCUUUCAAGACACGGUCACCUAGUCAAAUCUUUGGAAUUGGGAUUGGAAGAUCUGACUAAUAUUGAGAAUGAAGAGCUUUCAACGCUUGAAAGGAGUCAUCAAGAUAAUACAUCAGCCGGUAGAAGCUAUUUUGUGGACAUGUCGAGACAAGGAAUUGGAGUACGGAGCAUUAAAAAGAUCUUCAGAGCCUGUCCUUGUCUAGCGUCGGUAGCAAUUGAUAUUCCAGACUAUUCAGAUGAACCAGAUUUGUUUGGUUCCAUCAUAUCCGGCUUGAAAUGGUCAUUUGGUCUUGUCCCUCAACUUCAACAUUUAACACUUAGGGACUCUGAAUGCGCCAAGCUUCCAGGCGUAUUUGUCAUUGAUAUUCACAACCACAUACCGUCUCUCGUGUCAUUGGAGAUCAUUGACUUCAAAUUCGGUCCCACAGCAUCCACAGAAAAAUCUUUGGGAUGGAAGCUCGCUCAGCACCGGAACCUUCGAAAAUUACGUCUUGAAAACGUCACUUGCGAAGAUCAAACUUGGACUUUGAACUCUUGGCCUCAACGGCUCACAACUCUUGACCUUGAGUAUUGUCCCGGAUUGACACCUGGUAUGGUUCAGAAACUACUCAGCGGUUCUGCUCCCUUUCUUACUACACUUCAGAUCACGCUUAUGGAUUGGGAAGACGAUUCAGAUGUCAACGCUUCAGACUCCUCCUAA